AGGUCCUAAAAUUAAAAAAAAAAAUGAUAGGUGACAUUAUGUCAAAUUAAAAUGUAUCAAAUAAACAGAAAAAGUAUAUUUCUCAGCCGCUUCAUAAUUGAAUAAAAGCUGUCCACUGUAAAAAUGAUUUAAUAUUGUUAUAUUAAGUAUUACAUUAGAACAAGACAAUUUAGAAAAAAAUACGAAAUGUUUCUUUACGAACGUGCCUGCCUUUGGCUGGGUCAUAUAAAACUAUCUCGUGUGAUUGUAAUGGUUUCUGUUAUUCUCUUCGUUGUGCCGCUUUUUACCCAUUAUUAUUUAUCUAAGUACGAAACUGCAUCUGUUGCUUUAGGUAGCAAUUCAAUGCGACAUACUUUGGAAGCUCUAGGAGAUAUAUCAACAAUGAAUAUAGCAGAUCUUAAAUUAAGAAUAGAAGAAAUGCUUAGAAUUAAGGCUUCCGUAUCUACCGAACUCAGAGAAUUAGAAGAAAAACGUGGGAGACUUCAACGUGAAUCUGCAGCUGCAAGUGCUAAAGCUGAUAAUGUCAAAGCUGAAUAUGCAAGAGCUACAGCAGAGUUGCAGCGAUUGCGUGUUUCCGCAGACCAAGCGCGGCUCGCUCAGCUCGAGGCGAUCCGUCGCGACACCCCUGAGCUCGCACCACCCGCUCUUAUAUUACCCUCACAACCUCCACUCAUACUUCCACCAAUAAGUCCCUCUUCAGAAAUAAACUGUCGAAUGCAUUCCUGCUUUGAUCAUUCCCGAUGUUCGCUAACUUCAGGUUUUCCUAUCUAUUUCUACGAUCCAGAUGUCUUUUCACCCCUAGCAGGUGCCGAAGUAGACGGAUUCCUUAAAACUACGCUGCGUCAGACUCUCGGAUAUAACGCCCAUCUUACACAGAAUCCCAAUGAGGCUUGUGUAUAUCUAGUUCUAGUCGGGGAAUCGUUUCCGUUUGAAAAAUCGGUUUCGUCGACAAUAGAGCCAUACAAAUUGUUGAAUGAAACUGCAAUCAAAAAUUUACCGUAUUGGGGCGGCGACGGUCGUAAUCAUGUAUUACUGAAUUUAGCGAGACGGGAACUAUCUGUAGGCGCGGGCGACGCUUUCUCCGGAGCAUCUACAGGCAGGGCUAUGAUCGCUCAGUCGACGUUCACAUUGAAUCAGUUUCGAUCAGGAUUCGACCUGGUGACUCCGCCGGCGCUCGGCCCACCUGGUGGCGAUGUAUGGUCCGACUGUGCGCCCAUGGCCCCGGCGAGGAGAAAAUAUCUUCUCAGUUUUCAGGGAUCACAAUCGAUGACCACUUCGUUUCAAAAGGACAACGAUACUUAUUUAAUAGAACGCCUAAAGAAGAUGGCUAAUACAGCUCCCGAAUCUGACUUAUUUUAUUUGCAAUUUGAUUGCGAUCCGCCUGUCGAGAAACGCUCGGUGAAAUCUAUCGGCGACUGGGCUUUGUGUGGAACAGAUAGAUCGCGACGAUCCGUGUUGCGAGAUUCGACAUUCGUGUUAAUAUUCGCUCCAGGUGAUAGCAGUUAUACUACGACUGCGUUAUUACAAGCAAGACUGUACGAAGCGCUGCGUUCGGGCGCUAUCCCGGCCAUCCUCGGCGGAGACCGGAUAACGCUACCGUACGAUGAGGUGCUCGAUUGGCGUCGAGCUGUUUUAUCUUUGCCCAAGGCGCGUGUUACGGAACUGCAUUUUCUUCUGCGUGCGUUGUCGGAUUCUGAUCUGCUAGCGUUCAGAAGGCAGGGCAGGGUUUUAUGGGAACGUUAUCUGAGUUCUGUACAAGCAAGUAUGGAUUCCUUACUGGCGACGAUACGUACUCGACUAAACAUCCCGGCGCGGCCCGCAUCACCGACUAUGGGUGCGCCCGCAUUUAAUGACUCUUUCUCGCCACCGAAACUGGAACCGCCGGCGGUCGACACUGAGCCGGAGGAAACGCUAGGUCCUCUGGAGGCUCCUUAUCCGAGUCCAGCGUACAGACGAAACUAUUCUUUGGCACUGCUCCACGGGUACGAGAUGUGGAAUGACUGGGGAGAGCCCUUUGCACUCUACCCACAGCUACCGUGGGACCCUCCGGUGACGUCUGAGGCCAGGUACAUGGGCUCAGCGGCGGGCUUCCGACCUAUAGGCGCAGGGGCCGGUGGGUCCGGCAAGGAGUUUAGCGAGGCUCUGGGAGGAGACCGGCCCCGGGAGCAGUUCACGAUCGUCAUCCUUACCUACGAGCGAGAGACGGUGCUAGCUGCGGCACUCGCACGUCUCCGUGGGUUACCCUAUUUAAAUAAGGUGGUGGUGGUAUGGAACGGUGUGACUCCGCCGAGCGCCGCGGCGUGGCCGGACUGCGGCGCGCCCGUGGCCGUGGUGCGUGCGACACGCAACUCUCUCAACAACCGCUUCCUGCCCUACCACGUCAUAGACACAGAGGCCGUGCUCUGCGUCGAUGAUGACGCACAUCUCAGACACGAUGAGAUCAUUUUCGCAUUCAGAGUUUGGCGUGAACAUCGCGAUAGAAUCGUCGGCUUUCCGGGCCGAUAUCACGCCUGGGAUCUUAAUUUUAAUAAUGGAUUCCUUUACAAUUCGAAUUACAGCUGCGAGCUGAGCAUGGUGCUGACUGGCGCGGCGUUCGUGCACCGCUACUACCUGUGGGCGUACUGGCGCGCGCUGCCCGCCGCAGUGCGGGACUACGUCGACCAUUACAUGAACUGCGAGGACAUCGCCAUGAACUUCCUCGUCGCUCACAUCACCAGGAAACCACCAGUUAAGGUGACGUCACGUUGGACGUUCCGCUGCCCCGGCUGCCCGGUCACCUUGUCAGCAGACGAGACACACUUCCACGAGAGACAUAAGUGUAUACAGUUCUUCUCUCAGGUGAUGGGAUACACGCCGUUGUUAUCGACGCAGUUUCGUGCGGACUCGGUUCUGUUUAAGACGCGGAUACCUCACGACAAACAGAAGUGUUUCAAGUUCAUAUAGAGUAGGUAACUGUCAAGCGAUUCAUGGAGCAAGUCUAUCAAACAUUUGACUUGGCACGUCGGGAACAAGAGUACUCUACUGCAAGACGUGCCAACAAUGUUACUAAUAAGUAUUUUUAAUGAAUGUAAAAUGAUCUUUUAUUUUUUAGUUAUAAUAGCGAAUGAUCUUAAAAAAAGCUAGAAUAAUAUAACUGACCAUUGCGAUAUGUUUCUGUAUUGUCAUCUCUCUCGUUUUCUUUGAAAAGAGUGAGACAACAAUAUAUACGACGAACACGGAUUAAAAUAAGUUCUCAUCAAAAAUCAUUACAAAAAUCAAAAUAUGUAUCUGUAUGUUUCAUAUCAGGUUUUAUGUUUCUUAUAUUUAAAUGUGUGUUUGUAUACACAUAAAAUAACAUGGUCUAUUUUAAAUUAUUUGACACGUUUAAUUCUGUAAAUAUUUAUAAGAAAUUUACCAAAGAAAUGGAUUAACAAAUUGAAAUAUUUGAAUAACCGAUGAACAAAUGUUAUAGUGAAAUAUGUAAAAAAUAUAAAUAUUUGUUGCUUGCUUUUUUACGCAUAUGUAUAUAAAUAAAAACGCUUAAGGAAUUGAAGGAAUAUUAAAAUAUAUAUUCAAUGUCUACCAUCUGUAGGUGAAAAUCGCGGGUGCAUUUAUACAUUUAAGUUUAGAAUAACUUUUAACCUGACUGACUUAAAGAUCCUUUUUUCUCUAUGUGCGAAUACUAUUUCUAAUGGCUGUAGCGUAUCCGCUUUAUUGAAAUAAGUCAAGGCGUUAGUGGAAAAAGGGCUUAAUGUUUUUCGCACCUAAUUUAGACCACCAAGUCUGAAGAGUUUCAUUGGAUUUAUUUGUUUAUCAGUUGUUAUAAAGAAGUCAUUUACUAAUUAAUUAUUUUUGACUUGAAUUUAUUAUUUUUAGUAACAUAUUUUUUUGAGAUUAUUGUUCAUUUACAUAAAACAUAAUUAUAACACAUAAGUAAUAGGUAAAUAAGAAUACCGUAUCAGUUUACUCUAUAUACAGGGUGU